AUGGCACGCGAAGUCGUUUACUUGCACGAUGUCGACCCUCGACCGAAUUAUAUGUCCACUUGGGAGCGGUUCAAACACAGGGAGGUACACUGGCUCGUCGAGAUGUUCGCAGAAAUGCUUGGCGUAUUCCUCUACGUGUAUGCAGGUUUGGGGCCAACAGCAGCACUGAUUGUUGGAAACCUCACAGCGGAAAGCGGGAUUGGAUCGAAGAACCUCCACGUAGCUCUGUACACCAUCGGUUUCGCCUAUGCAAUCGGAAUCGUCCUUGCUGUCACGUUGUGCUCAGCAGCAUCUGGUGGCCAUUUCAGUCCAGGUGUUACCAUCACACUUGCCCUAUUCAGAGGUUUUCCCAAGGCAAAGGCCGUGAGAUAUAUCGUCGCACAAAUACUCGGCAGUUACUUGACCUGCCUUGUAGUAUACGUGCAAUGGAAAGACCUCCUUGUCGCUGCAGAAGAGGUGCUGAACGCAAAGGGGCUCUACAACACCCUGAUGUUUACGAACCUCGGCCCUGCUGGCGUAUUCGCGCUCUACGUAUCCCCAGGAACAAAUCUGCACCGCGCGUUGCUCAACGAGUUCGUGACUGACUUCAUGCUUGGCCUCGCUAUAUGUGGCGUUAUGGAUCCAACAAAUCACUUCAUACCUCCCAUGGUCGCCCCGUGGAUCAUCGGCUUCACCUACUCGGUCGCAAUCUGGGGUUAUGCUCCGACAGCCAUUGCCGCCAACACGGCCCGUGAUGUUGGAGGUCGUCUGAUGGCUCUUACUAUCUGGGGGAAGCAAGCCGCUGGCGGUCCAUAUGCAGCUAUAGCGGCAUUGACAAACAUACCUGCAACUGUGCUUGCUUUCGCCGUCUACGAUCUCUUCCUUGGCUCCGGUACUCGCACAUUGACCCCGUACCACGUCGACUUCCUGCGUGCUCGGGUCCAAUACCAGCAAGACAACGGGCUUCCGCCCCAACUUCGUCCCGACGGUCUAAAAUCGGGCGAAAACUCACUCUCGAAUGGUGCUAAGAAGCAUAUUGGCGAUAUGCCUGGAGUUGAAAGACGACCUACAGUCCGAAACCAUGUUUGAAAGAAGUUUGGCCUUGGAUGGUUUUGCCGCCGUGCAGACCAACUGAGGGGUCGAGGGUAUCGAGUUGCUAUAUGAUCGUAUGAUUCGCCUUCAUAGCAUGUAUGCCAACCAUCGUAAGGUCUUGUAUAAGGAGGCUCUACGACUCAUCACCCUCAUGCCUCAACGGAUGAACGCGGCCCUCGUCGAGCGUUAAUAUCGUUAUAAUGCGGUCAUAUUUGAUGUGGGACCUUGGUGGUGUCUGGAGAACACUAUGGGUUGUCAUGCGAUAGUGAUGUGUGGAUCUGUGUGCUAAGCAGUGCAGAAGGGUUGCGAAGAAAG